AUGAUUGCGUCAUGCCGCCGGAGUCUAUCACAGAGUCGUUCCAAGCGACCUGCGUUUGCCGUCGGAUCUGUCGACGAUGACAAAGCUGUGGGUUUCUGUGGAUUGGUGUUGUCGGCGCAUCUCGCCGGAGUCUUAGCGGCGGACGGCGGCGCUGCAAUGGAGAUGUUUCGAGUGAAGAAAAGGAGAGAAGAAAAAAAGAAGAAGAAGAAGAGACCCCAAUUCGAAGUCCCAAUGAAUUCGGAGCAGCACAUUACAACCCAGUCCAUUGGUGAGGGCAACAUGAAAUUUGGGACUUCAAAUUACAUAAGGAGGAUAGUAGUUAAGCCAAAGGAUGUCAGCAUAUGGUAUGGCAAGCUUUCAGGAGAUGGCACUAAUCCAAAUGAAACUCCAAACAUGUCUAGAAAGAUGAAUCUAUCAAUAAGCGCAUAA